AUGGAAGAAAAUACGAAGUAUGCUGUACUGGAAGAAACUGUGGAAUACCACCUGUUCCUCAUAACAAAUGAACCGAAGGAUCCAGAAGAACACAAGGAGAUUCUUCUGAAGUAUAUUGAGAGAAUAAUGACCCGCUUCGCACCCAUUCUGGUCCCCUAUAUCUGGCAGAAUCAGCCUUUCAAUCUCAAGUACAAAUCUGGAAAAGGAGACGUACCCGCUCAUAUCUUCGGCAUGACAGCAUUUGGGGAUAAUGAGGAGGAUGAAUGGUUUAUUGUUUAUAUAAUAAAGCAGAUUACAAAGGAAUUCCCAGAAUUAGUAGCCAGGAUCGAAGACAGUUAUGGUGACUUGUUAUUAAUAGAGGCUGCUGAAUUUCUUCCUAAAUGGUUGGAGCCUGAGAACAGCACCAAUAGGGUGUUUUUUCACCAUGGGGAGAUGUGCCUUAUUCCAGCACGAACGAAACGUAACCGGAUGUCCUGGUUACCCUCCACAACCCCAACAAUCCCACAAGCACUGAAUAUAAUCCAAACACACCCAGAAGAAAUUUUGGCUUCAGAAUCUAUACGAGCUGCUGUGACUAAGCGCAUUGAUGGGUACCCAGAAAAAGUUCAAGCCUCCCUUCAUCGAGCGCACUGCUUCAUCCCAGCUGGCAUUGCAGUCGUGCUAAAGCAGCGCCCCCGAUUAGUGGCGGCAGCAGUCCGGGCGUUUUAUCUGCGGGACCCCUAUGACCUGCGAGCCUGUCGAACUUUCAAAACAUUCUUACCUGAUACACGAAUAAUGACUUCGGUCACUUUCACUAAGUGUCUGUAUGCACAGCUGUCACAACAAAUUUUUAUACCUGACCGGCGAAGUGGAUACGAGCUGCCGCUGCCCUCUCAUCCCCAGCAUCGAGCCCACAGACUGGGCAUGAAGUUGGCUCAUGGAUUUGAGAUCUUGUGCUCCAAAAGUAGCCCACAUGUUUCUAACUCCAAGGAAUCCCUCACUGCUACUUCACCUCUAUGGGCUGGCUUCCUUGACAGUCUGAAAAAGAAUGAGUACUUUAAGGGACUGAUGGAAGGCUCUGUUGAGUACCAAGAAAAGUUAGAAAUGGCAAAGGACUACUUCCAACUCUCAGUCAACCAACCAGAAAGUUCUCUUGCUGUGAGCCCAGGUGAAGAAAUCUUAACUUUAUUGCAGACAACACCAUUUGAUAUAGAAGACCUUAAGAAAGAAGAAGCUAGCCUUCCCCCCGAGGAUGAUGACCAGUGGUUAGAUGUUUCACCAGCCCAGCUGCGUCAGCUACUGAAGGAAGAUACUGCCAAAAGAGAAUCAGAGCACAUUGCCAAGGAAGAAGAGCCCAACUAUGACUUAACUCAAGUCUCAGAGAGCAUGAAAGCUUUCAUAUCCAAAGUGUCAACCCACAAGGGAGCAGAACUACCUCGAGAACCUUCAGAGGCUCCAAUCACUUUUGAUGCAGAUUCUUUUGUUGACUAUAUUGAUAAGAUUUUAGGCCCAAAGCCUCUUGAGUCUGACUCGGAUGAUCUGGAUGACGAAGACGCUGAUGAUCUGGAUGACGAAGACUCUGAUGAUCUGGAUCACGAAGACUCUGAAAGUUUAGACAGUGAUGACGACUUUGUGGACCUUGAAGCCCACGAUCCCGAGGAAGUGGAAUCUCUAAAAGGAAUUCUUAGUAAUCUGAAGUCAUACAUGGCCCAGAUGGACCAGGAACUUGCACACACCAGCAUUGGCAAAAGUUUCGCCACCCAGAAGCAAGUGGGACCUCUAUCCCAGGCCACCAAUCACAGUUCAGAUGAAGAAGAUUCUGGGGCAGUGGAUGUAGACCUGAACCUGGUCUCAAACAUACUGGAAUCCUAUAACUCCCAAGCUGGACUGGCAGGACCAGCUUCCAACCUCUUGCAAAGUAUGGGAGUGCAGCUGCCUGACAACACUGACCACAGACCCUCAAGUAAGCCAGCAAAACAUUAA